AUGGCAAACUCACCACUUCUCGUCCCCGGCCCCACAGACAAGGCCACAACCUCCAAAUCCAAACUCUCAAGCGCAGCCCCCUCCUCUAACGGCGUCACCCCCGAAGCAUCCACGAAAACCAGCAAUGCCCUUGCUCCAGUACAAGAUAUAGCCGAGCAGAUGAAUGAGGAGGAGAAGCACAAAUACGUUAAAGGCAAGAAACUCGGAGAGGGAACCUACGCAAAUGUCUACCUCGGCCACCUCGUCACCUCACCCUCUACCCUCGUCGCCAUUAAGAAAAUCAAGAUCCAAGCCGCCUACACCGAAGGCCUAGCCCCCGACGCCAUCCGCGAGCUCAAACACCUGCAAGAACUCUCACACCCCAACAUCAUUUCCCUAUUAUCUGUGUUCUCCUCCAAAGACCAGAAUCUAAACUUAGUUCUGGAAUAUCUGCCUCUGGGUGAUUUGGAGAUGUUGAUUAAAGAUACAGAGGGCGUGAGGUAUGGAGCUGCGGAUAUCAAGGCCUGGAUGGGCAUGCUGGGAAGGGGAGUAUGGUGGUGCCAUGAGAACUUUGUGCUGCAUCGGGAUAUAAAACCAAACAAUCUACUCAUCGCCGCAGAUGGGGAGGUGAAACUUGCAGAUUUUGGUCUGGCGAGGAGUUUCUCCGACCCGUAUAGAAUCAUGACAAGUAAUGUCAUAACGCGCUGGUACCGUCCGCCGGAGCUGUUGUUCGGGGCGAAGCAUUACAGUGGUGCUGUGGAUAUAUGGUCCGUUGGCUUGGUGUUCGCAGAGUUGAUCAUUAGGACUCCUUAUAUUGCAGGUGAUACAGAGGUCCAUCAGAUCUCGCUCAUUUGCCAAGCAAUAGGUACACCGUCUGAAGAUGUCUGGCCUGGCGUUUCCAAGUUGCCGGAAUACACGGUACCAGAGCCAGUCACGCCCGUCAGAGGGAAAGACCAUUAUCUGGCUACAUUUGGGACAGCAGGGAAUGAAGGUGUGGAUGUGUUGAUGGGGAUGCUGGUGCUGGAUCCGAGGAAGAGGAUUACGGCGAGAGAGAUUCUGGAGCACAGCUGGUGGUCGAGCGACCCUAAGCCUACGAAAAAUCAAGACUUGCCUAGAAAGGGAGGUGGUGGGGCGAAGAUUGGCGAAGAUUUGAAAAGGAGGCCUGGGGUCCUGGAGGAUGAGAGGGGUGCGAAGGUUGCUAGGAAGUUGGAUUUCGGAGGCAUGAAGUGA